AUUCCUGGCUCAGCAAUAUGUCACAAUCCCCUUUGUGAACCGGGCCCAGGCAGGAGAUGACAAUCACAUCAUCUGGGAAUGAGACCAGAGGGAGUGUUGACAUUCAGGGAUGUGGCUGUAGAAUUCUCCCCAGAAGAGUGGGAAUGCCUGGACUCUGCUCAGCAGCGUUUGUAUAGGGAUGUGAUGUUAGAGAACUACAGAAAUCUGGUCUCCUUGGGUCUUGCUAUCUUUAAGCCAGACUUGAUGACCUGUCUGGAGCAAAGAAAAGAGCCCUGGAAUGUGAAGAGACAGGAGGCAGUAGCCAAACACCCAGGUUAUUAUGAUGGUUGUAAUGAAGAUUAUAUGAGUAUAAUGGAGCUAUAUGUUUCUGAAUUCUGAACAACUAGUUACAAAAUAUUCUACUUUUUUCUGUUGAACAUGUGACGUAUCUGGUCUGCUAAACACAUGUAGACCUUUAGUUUUGAUAUAUAUGGA